AUGGCGUACAACCCGAGGAUGAGCAUCAUCCCUCCUUCGCAGCAGCACCAGCAGCAGCACCAGCAGGGCCGGUCGCGCAAAAAGGAAGACGACGCCGACGCCUUCAUGCGGCUGCCGGACCGCGAGAUCGUCGGCUGCAUCACCGACAUUGGCAUCAACUUCUCCGUGGCGGACCUGCAGAAGCCCAACCCGGCGCACGUGCAGCAGAUCUUCGAGUGGUUCGCCGAGCUGCUGCUCAACGCGACGCGCGAGACGGUCGAGCCGGCCAUGCGGGCGGCGGCCGACGACGUGUGCGGCGACUUUGCCGACGUGAUCCCCGUCGACACGCGCAACCUCAUGGGCUUCUACGUGUCGCUGCGGAGGCUGCUGGUCGAGUGCGGCGUCAACGACUUUGGCUUCAACGACCUCUACAAGCCCACGUACGACCGCCUCGUCAAGAUCUUCAGCUACCUCAUCAACUUUGUGCGCUUCCGCGAGUCGCAAACGAGCGUCAUCGACGAGCACUUCAACAAGACCGAGUCGGUCAAGGCACGCAUCGAGACGCUCCACGCAGACAACCAGGACAACGAGGCGCGCCUCGAGCACAUGCGCCACAACCGCCGGGCCAUGGAGGCCCAGGUACGCGACAAGACGAUGCGCAACGAGGACCUCAAACGCCGCCUGCUCGAGCUGCGGCGCAACCAGGAAAAGGUGGCGGCGCGCCUCGAGGACGCAAAGCAGAAAAAGGGCCAUCUGACAGGCCUGCUCGAGCAAAAGACGCACGACAAGCUGACGCUCAAGCAAGAGAGCGCAAAGCUGCGGCCCUACAUGCUGCAGAGCCCCUCGGCCCUGCACGACAACCUGGCCGAGCUGCGCGAGAUGCUCAACGGCGAAAAGGCCCACAUCGACGCCCUCGACCGCCGCGCCCGCGCCCUGCAGACGUCGGCCGACUCGUUUGCCGUCGUGUCGACCGACGUGGCCUCGUGCAUCAAGAUCCUCGACGAGAUCGCCGCCGAGCUGGCCAAGGAGGACGAGGAGAUGGCGCGCAACGCCAAGCAGCGCGACGCCCUGUCCGAGCGGGGCAACAACGCGCGCGAGGUCGAGAGGGCCGAGACGAUGCUGCGCCGCCAGCUGGCCAAGUGGACCGAGCGCACCGACAAGCUGCGCGAGCAGAGCAGCCAAAAGGCCCAUGAGGCAAAGGAGAAGAUGCACGAGCUGCGCGCCGUCCACAAGCGCCUCACCGAGGAGCACACGGACAAGACCAAGGAGAUGGAGAUUCGGAGGGUCAGGAUUGAGCAGACGGAGAAGAAGAUGCUCGACCUCAAGGAAAACAUUGAAAACGAAGUGCACGCCGCCCACGACGAGUACCUCAAGAUGGAGGCUCACAUCAAGCUGUACAUUACCGAGAUGGAGCAGACCAUUGUUUAG